AUGAGGUCCUUCCUUAGCAUUGCUUUCCUCACGUCGUCAUUUUUCCAUGUCGACGCAACCCCUACGCCUCGCGACGGCAAAGGCAGCAGCUUCGAUCUGAAGCCGUUCACCAUUAACCUUUCUCAUAGAGUCCCUCAUAUGAUUGACCUAGCCAAGAGAACGAAUCUACCAAGAAAUGGCGACUAUCUCGCUCCAGAUGCCGGUAUUCCCUUGCAAACCUUGGUAUCCUUGAGGAACGAGUUGAUCGACAAUUUCGACUGGGAAGCUGAGCAGCGAAAGCUGAAUAAGUUCCACCAUUUCACUGCUGACAUCGAGAACCAAACCAUCCACUUCAUCCACCAAAAGUCCUAUAACCCCAAAGCUAUCCCCUUGGUUCUUAACCACGGAUGGCCCGGCUCGUUUCUAGAAUUCAUCCCAUUGAUCGAGAAGCUCAAGGAUGACUUUCAUGUCAUCAUACCAUCUCUUCCAGGCUUUGCAUUCUCAUCGGCACCGCCGCCGACCUGGACUAUUCACGAUACGGCUAGGGUCUUUAAUACCCUUAUGACCAAAGUCUUGGGAUACCCUAAGUUCGCGGCUUACGGAACGGACUGGGGAUCCGGUGUUACAUACAGUCUUUAUGCAAAUUUCAACACUUCUGUGCGGCUGGCUCAUUUGUCAUUUCUUCCGUUUACCCCCUUGGACAGAACCCAGCUCGCCGCCGAGGAUAUCAAAUUGUCAUCUCUUGAGGAAUUCGAAGCUAAACUCUCUGAAGAGUGGGCUACAACUGGCAAUGCUUAUUUCAUGGAGCAAUUAACAAAGCCAAACACUAUUGGCCUCGCCCUCUACGAUAAUCCAAUUGGGCAAUUAUCCUGGAUUGGAGAGAAACUUAUUGCCUGGUCUGAUCCACGAGCCGGAAGCCCUCCAUCUGUUCUGGACCAUAACGAAAUGCUGAAGACGGUUGCAUUGUACCACCUCACCAAGACCUUUGCGUCAUCCGUAUACAUAUACUACUCGAACCCUGCAGGCUUUAUGACGACUUACACAAAGGCCAAUACUGAUGCGCCAAUGCUCUUCAGCGCUUUCAAGUAUAAUGUCGGGUUUUGGCCCCCGGAACUAGCUGGCCGAGUUGGAAAUCUUGUUUCGUACAAAAAUCACGAGUUUGGUGGACACUUCCCGGGCCUUGAUAAUCCCGUUGCGUUGGCUGAGGACUUGAAGGAUAUCAAGAAGUAUUGGGGAUGA